AUGAAGUUCUUAUCAGCCACUCUCCUCGCGGCUCCUCUGCUCGCCUCAGCCGCCUCAGUCCCCAAGCUGCUUGACCCAUGGCAAAUUCCCCUCCAGACUGAGACCGAGAGUAAAGUUCAAGUUCCCGGAGAAAACCCGCUGGUGUACUGCGGGGCCCCAGAUACAUACACUCUUAAGAUCGAUUCCGUCACUUUAUCGCCCAACCCCCCCCAAGGCAAGCUUACUAUCACGGCCAAUGGUACCGUCGGGGAGGAUAUCGUGAAGGGUGCUUAUGUCAAUUUGGUCGUCAAAUAUGGUCUCAUCACCUUGAUCUCGCAGACUGCCGAUCUUUGUGAUCAGCUCGGCAAUGUGGACCUUCAAUGUCCCUUGAAGAAGGGCAAUAUGGUUUUGACCAAGGAAGUCACCUUGCCCAGCCAGAUUCCUCCGGGCAAAUACUCUGUUAUGGCCGAUGUCUACAAUAACGAUGCUAAGCAAGUCACCUGCUUAGAGGCAGACAACAUCUCGUUCAACUUGCCAUUGUAA